AUCUGAUCACGAGUUAGAGUUUCUUGGCCUGUUUUAGAUCUCCAUCAAUGCCAGGAUGUGGCACGUCUCGUAAAAGCAGCCUGAUGCAGAGCUCAACCGGUGACCCUCAGUGUUGUCUGGUCACGCAAUUUAUCGAGAACCUGCUCAAAUUUUUAGUGUGUCAACAUGAGAAAUUCGGAGCCCAUAUCCAGAAGCAUGUCAAGGCCUUAUUGGGCCACGAGUUAAACCCUGCCCUCUACCCGAAUCUCUUUGACCAGGUCAAACUCAGUGUGGAGAAAUCUUCAUUUGACUCGUCUGGCCAGGUUGAAGUCACAGAUCUGAAUACUCAGUUCAUUGAAAAUAUUAUUUUCAUCAUGAAGAACAUCCUGGAAAUGAAGUCCGACCAGCCUUGCGAGUACCUUGGUGUGACCAGUAUUGAAUCUAUGAUGUUAUCCAUUGUCAGAUAUGUCCGGCAUUUGGACUCCAGUGUACAUGCCAUCCAAAUUAAGAUCAAACUCUGUCAACUUGUUGGCGCAAUGAUGACCAGGCGUGAUGAACUAACGUUUCGUCAAGAGAUGAAGUUCCGAAACAAACUGGUUGAAUAUUUAACUGACUGGAUUAUGGGGAAUUCACACCAAGUGAACAUCCAAGGAGACAUCUGCAGCAUGUCCAGGGACUUAGACCAAGCCAGUAUGGAGGCUGUCGCAGCCCUUUUAGCUGGUCUUCCUCUGCAGCCUGAAGAAAGUGACCGAGGAGACUUGAACGAAGCAAAAUCACAACUCUUCUUAAAGUAUCUAACACUAUUUAUGAAUUUACUAAAUGACUGUUCUGAAGAAGAACAAGACAAGGCUAUGGACCCGAAUCGCAAACGCAGCAUGUCCAACCUAAGUGCACUUCGUCACUGCACCGUGCAAGCUAUGUCGAACCUGCUAAACGCCAAUAUAGAAAGUGGGCUGAUGCAUUCGAUAGCCCUUGGCUACCACAAAGACCCACAGACUCGUGCUGCUUUCAUGGAGGUAUUGACGAAGAUUCUACAGCAGGGUACUGAGUUUGAAACACUGGCUGAGACUGCUCUGGCUGAUCGCUUUGAACGCCUCGUCGAGCUGGUCACCAUGAUCGGAGACAAAGGGGACUUACCAAUUGCCAUGGCCCUCGCUAGCGUCAUUUUACGGAGUCAAAUGGAUGAAUUAGCCAGAGUGUUUGUAACUCUGUUUGAUGCUAAACACCUCCUGUAUCAACUGUUGUGGAAUAUGUUUUCUAAAGAGGUUGAGAUUGCUGACUGCAUGCAGACCUUGUUUCGUGGCAACAGUCUGGCAAGCAAAAUUAUGGCUUAUUGCUUCCGUUUCUAUGGACAGAAUUAUCUCCGCAGCUUGCUCAACCCACUCAUUCAAGAUAUGAUGGAUAUAGAAAUACAAAACCCCAACUUGUCCUACGAGAUAGAUCCAUCGAGGCUUGAAUCAACCGAGAAUAUUGAGGAGAACAAGAAGAAUCUUAUGAUUAUUACUCAGAAGGUGUUCAAUGCCAUCGUUGGGUCUGCCUCCAGGUUCCCCGCCAAACUGCGAAGUAUGUGUAAUUGCCUCUCCCAAGUGGUAGGUCAACGCUUCCAACAAAGUACGUUUGAUGCUGUCUGGACUGUGAUCGGCACCGUUAUAUUUUUACGUUUCAUCAAUCCCGCAAUAGUGUCUCCAUACGAAUCAGGAAUCAUUGAUCAGGAACCUACGCACCGUGUCAAACGUGGCCUAACCCUGAUGUGCAAAAUCAUGCAAAACAUUGCCAACCAUCUGCUCUUCACCAAGGAGCAACACAUGCGAGCGUUUAACGACUUCUUGAAGACAAACUUUGAGGCUGGCCGCAAGUUCUUCAAGGAAAUUGCAUCAGACUGUGAGACUGUGGAUGCUGGCAACCACAACUUGUCUUUCAUCAAUGAUGCUAAUGUACUCGCACUACAUCGUCUGCUGUGGAACAACCAAGAGAAAAUUGGAGACUAUUUAUCGAGUAGCAGGGACCAUAAAGCAGUUGGAAGGAGGCCUUUUGAUAAGUUGGCGACCCUAUUGGCUUAUUUAGGCCCACCUGAGCAUCGACCUUUGGAUUCACAGUGGAGUACUAUGGACAUGACUAGUACAAGAUUCGAAGAACUCAUGUCUAAACACAACAUGCACGAGAAAGAUGAAUUCAAAUCUCUGAAAAGCCUUAACAUAUUCUACCAAGCUGGUACCAGCAAGUCUGGCUUUCCGGUCUUCUACUAUAUUGCCCGAAGAUACAAAGUUGGGGAAAUAAACGGAGACUUGCUAAUAUAUCAUAUUUUACUUACCUUAAAACCUUAUUACAACAACCCUUUUGAACUAGUGUUGGAUUUUACUCACACCUGUUCAGAAAACAGAUUUAGGACCGAUUUUUUAAACAAAUGGUUUGUGGUGAUGCCUGAAGUGGUUAACCACAACAUCCAUGCUGCCUACAUCUACAACUGUAAUUCUUGGGUCAGAGAAUACACCAAAUACCAUGACAGGAUUCUGGCGCCAUUAAAGAACAGCAGGAAACUGAAAUUCAUUGAACAUCCGUCAAACCUGUAUGAUUAUAUCGACCAAGACCAUUCUGGGAAAAUGCCAGGAACCACGCUAGCCUUAGAAGAAGAUCUGAAAGUCUACAACAAUGCAUUGAAAUUGUCUCACAAGGACACCAAAGUGGCCCUUAAAGUGGGCCCAAAUGCAAUCCAGGUGACUUCAUCAGAACGCAGUAAAGUGUUAGGACAUCAAGUUUUAUUAAAUGAUGUUUACUAUGCUUCAGAAAUCGUGGAGGUGUGUCUAGUUGAUGACAACCAAUUCACGUUAACGAUUGCCAAUGAAACGGGGCCGUUGUCUUUCAUCCACAAUGACUGUGAUACUAUCGUUAACUGCAUCAUCCAUAUCAGAACCAGAUGGGAACUCUCGCAGCCUGAUACCGUUACUGUUCACACCAAGAUCCGACCCAAAGAUGUUCCCGGUACUUUACUUAAUGUGGCCCUUCUAAACCUUGGCAGCUCUGACCCCAGCCUCCGUUCUGCAGCCUACAAUCUACUCUGUGCCCUUACGCAGACAUUUGACCUCAAAAUUGAAGGACAGCUCUUAGAAACAACAGGUCUGUGUAUUCCUGCCAAUAACACUAUCUUUAUUAAAUCAAUAAGUGAGAAAUUAGCUGCUAACGAACCACAUUUGACCCUCGAGUUUCUUGAAGAAUGUAUCCAGGGUUUUGGGAAUUCCAACAUUGAGAUGAAACACUUGUGUUUAGAGUACAUUACCCCGUGGUUACCCAACCUGACCAGGUUUUGCAAACCAGCAGAUGAAAACAAGCGCCAAAAAGUGGCAUUGAUCUGGGAUAAAUUAAUCACCAUGACGAUAGAGGAAGUUGAGAUGUACCCCUCUAUCCAAGCUAAGAUCUGGGGUAACAUAGGGCAAGUUGCGGAGUUGCUGGACAUGGUGUUGGACAGUUUCAUCAAGCGAAGUGUAACUGGAGGCUUGGGUUCAAUCCAGGCUGAAAUCAUGGCAGACACUGCUGUAGCUUUAACUUCUGCCAAUGUUCAACUUGUUUCACGAAAAGUUAUCGGACGAUUAUGCAGGUUGAUUGAGAAAACCGGAGUGUCCCCCACACACACUCUGGAGCAACACUUGAUGUGGGACGACAUUGCUAUCCUGGCACGUUACCUUCUUAUGCUGUCUUUCAAUAAUUCCCUCGACGUUGCCAGUCACCUUCCAUAUCUUUUCCACAUCGUCACAUUGUUGGUGUCAACAGGUCCACUCUCGUUGCGAGCCUCCACCCAUGGCCUCGUAAUCAACAUCAUUCAUUCUCUGUGCACCUGCCCACAGCUCCAUUUCUCUGAAGCAACCCUGAAAGCAUUGAAACUGAACUUGGCUGAAUUCUCACUUCCUAAAUUUUACCAAUUGUUUGGCAUCAGUAAGGUGAAGUCAGCAGCCGUGAGCGCCUUCCGCACUAGUUACCAUCUCGGAGACAAAUCCUUCACCACAUCUUCACCAGAACAUGAGAAACUUUCCCUCAACUCUUUGGAAACCAUUACUGAUGCUUUGCUGGAAAUUAUGGAGGCUUGUAUGAAAGAUAUUCCUUCCUGUGAAUGGCUGAAUCAGUGGACUAAUUUAGCAAAACAGUUUGCAUUCCAGUAUAAUCCUGCUCUACAACCCCGGGCAAUCAUCGUCUUUGGCUGUAUCAGUAAAACUGUAUCGGACUCUGAAAUUAAGCAGCUUCUGAUAAUCAUGAUGAAGUCACUGGAAUCUUACAGAGAGACUGAUUACCAGUUGAUAGAAGCUGUAGUCAUGUGUCUCACCCGUCUACAACCUCUAUUACGACCUGAAUCUCCAAUCCACAAGUUUCUCUUCUGGGUGGCCAUAUCAGUGUUGCAACUAGAUGUAAAAUCUCUGUAUGCUACGGGCUUGGCCCUGUUGGAGCAGAACUUACACACACUUGACAAUCUCGGUCUGCUUGACAAUACGUCUUUAGAAGAAAUCAUGAUGGAGACGCGCACCCCACUGGAAUGGCACUUCAAGCAGUUGGACCACUCCAUGGGACUCAGCUUUAGAAAUAAUUUCAAUUUUGCUUUAGUUGGUCACUUACUCAAAGGGUUCCGACACACGUCUCCUACAACGGUAUCUCGGACUAUUCGGGUCCUGAAUCAGUUACUGGUCAUCACCGUGAAACCAUUAAAUAGGGAUAAGUUUGAAGUCACCCCUCAGACAGUUCCAUAUUUGGCAGCAUUGGUUUCUGUGUCCGAAGAGGUCCGCAGUCGAUGUCAUCUGAAGCAUCGGGUCAGCCAGUAUGUGAUGACCGACUCACCGUCCUCGGACAGCAUCAAUGCUGCUGAGCCAGAAACGCCGAACACGAGCAUCGGACCCAGUGCGUCGGCGCACUCCAUGUCUUCGCCCUCCAUCCAGACGCCCGCCAACGCCCAGCCCUCCAUAACACCUGUCACUCGUCGCCAGAAGAGCUGGGACAUUCUUGAUAAGAGCGCCAUCUCUGUGGCCAGGAACAACACACAUUUGAUGCAAAAUCAGAGUUUUUGGUUGCUGCCAAGGGAGCCCUCCUUCGAUGGGGGUUCAGCGAACAAGAGGGCACAGCUCCAGGUGAACAGUCCCAAAGUUUGGCGUAGCUUUGAUGCAGAUUCUUCCACCCGGCCGCCAUUGUUUAAGACUCGUAGCAGUUCCAUGCCAACCCCAGGCUCAAAGAAGUUAGACAGCUCCAAGUCCGGCUUGAACUUGCCGCGCAGCGGACGUGGAUCGGUGUCGAAUGAAAACAACGUGUUGCUAGAUCCUGAAGUGCUGACAGGUUACGAUACACAAGUCCUCGUACUCACUGUCUUGGCAACUUUGGUCCGUAACACAACAGAUGAAAAUGAAGCUCGAAUAUUGUAUGAAUAUUUAGCAGAGGCGUCGGUUGUCUUUCCUCGUGUUUUUCCUGUGAUACAUAGUCUCCUUGAUGCCAAAAUCAAUUCGGUGUUAUCGUUAAGCCAAGACCAGGCUAUCCUAAACGCCGUACAAAGCAUCAUCCAAAAUAUGAUUGCCUGCGAGGAUUCUUCCCAGCAGCAGCUGUCGUUUCUCCAGAGUAUUGGGUUUGGUGGACUGUGGAGGUUUGCUGGUGUAUUUUCCAAGACAACGCAACCAAGCGACAACGCAGAGCUGUUUGUCAAGGUUUGCAAAUUGAUGGUUGAAACAUGUCUCCCCAGUGGCGAACCUGACCUCUUCAACUCCUCCUCCCACUACUACAACAACUACAACAACAACAACAACAACAACAUUACCAACUUCAACAACAACCUCAACAACAACAACAACAGCAGCAGCAGCAGCAGCAACAACAACAGCAGCCUUGCCAUCGUGUCCAACCUGAAUUUGUCAAGCUCCAUGUCUAACCUGAGCGUGGGAAGUUUACACUCACCGACGGAGAAGGACUCAACGCUUGACGCUUAUGUUUUUUCUGGCUCAUGCUCUCUCAACAAUGGCAGCCGUAUGCGUCAUGUGUCAGCGAACAAUGUCUCCAGUAAGGUGACUCGGUCGGGUAGUUUGAAACGAAUGGAUAGUGUUGGGAAGAGGCACGCUUCAUUCCAACAUGAUUGAAUGGGAGAAGAAAAAAAAACUGCAAUGAGAAGAA